AUGCCUUCAGAAACAAAAUUCGAAACGAAACAAAUCGCAUCUGUGGCCACCGGAAACGUGCACAAGGCAGAUGAAAACUAUGAUAUGAAUGAUAGGAUUUGGUGGGCCACUGCUCGAGGUGAGCAGUUGAGAAAAAAGAUCGAACAACGCCCAUCUCGAGAACGUCUGCUAAAUCAGCAUAUUCUACUAUCUGAUGGCCGCGUAGCGCCGUUGAUAGAGCAGCGUGCUCGUCUACUACGACAAGAUCGCAUACGUCGGAAUCUAAGUCGAAAACUAGAAUCGCGACCUGGUCCACUUGAAUUGGUGACGCGAAAAAUUCUGCAAGCUGACGCUGAUCUUGAACAAGCUAUCGAAGAAGGCCGAGUACUAUUCCAACCAACAAGUGAAUACGUUGAAAGAAAAGAAAGUGAGAUGCCAAGUCCACUGUCUACAGAUAUGGAAAUUGUUUCUCAGGCUGCUAUUCGUGUCCAAAACAAACCUGUCAAUGUUCUGUCAAACAAGGGACUGAUUAGAAAAAAAUCUACACCAUACAAACAAUGUGAUCCGUUACCUCUACGGGCUAAAACGAAAGCUCCAGACAGCAGAGAGGAUGACGAAGUGACAGUGAUCGCUGAGGUUCGGUCGCCUGUUGAAGAGGACGAACAAAUGCAGUAUGACAUGCAACCAACCAGUCGCACAUCUUCACCACCUACUCAAGUAACAAUAAGACGUCUGAGUGACUAUAAGGUUCAGGAGUUGAAAAAUGAGUGCAAAAAGAGACAGCUACCGGUGUCAGGUGCAAAACCUCAGUUGUUGGAACGACUGCGUCCAUUUGAAAAGGCGAUUCUGGGCGCUUCACCUUCACCUACACCGGAACCUGCUCAGCUUAGUAACAGCAGCUCCAGUAGUACAACAUCAAACACCAGUCAAGAAGGGCAACAACCACCUGCCCAGGAAAUUCUUGAACCAACAAUGCAAACGGGACCAGCUGCUUGCCAACUUCAGGCGCCAGCACAGGUCCCCGAAUAUCCUACAGAACAGAUAAGAAGCACGGUAGGAAUUUCCGAUUAUCUCGGACGUCCGGUCGUUUUGCAGCUGUCCCCUCAGCUUGUUCAGCUCACCGAUUCUAAAGGCACGCCGGUUGGAGUCGCUUCUGUCCAGUAUAUCCCAGGAUCUAGUCAUCCGGUUAUGUUAUCAUAUCAUACUCGUGCUACUCCACAACCAAACACUAGUCAACCGAUCGCCUCUAUUCAACCGGAGACGGCUUCAACAAAUAUCCAACGACGAGUUGCUCACAUCUUACCACUGCAACAAGGACCCUUAUCAGCGCAUACACAACAAACGGUGAUCACCAAUGUACCUUCGCUUACGCAACCAAGAAUUGUUCAAGCUACACAGGUAGUCCAAAAACAGAAUGACAAUACGUUCCGAUUUGCUCAGAUGGGAUCUGGAGGGCAGGUUUUCGUGUGGCUUGUGGAAAAUUCUCGCUAUUUUCAGUUUACGGUCGCGCCAUCAACCGAUAGAGUUCCAAAUAAGAGCGCACCUAUCGUGGUGAAGACUGCAGACCAUGCAGGAACUCCGCCAACAAGUCUCGCUUCUUCAAAACCAAGCAUAGCAAAUAUUGCAGAAAUAAGUAGGUCUUCGGUUUUUUCAGCCUCCUAUUUUAUUUUCUGUUUGAUAAAAGUCAUUAUUACCUUUUACAGAUCCACCAUCUUCUCAGCUAACCACGACUGGAGUACCUGA